CGGGGCAAGGGCCUUCCUCCAACCCUCCUCCUCUGCGUCGCUUCUCCUACCGCGAGCUGCAGCAGGCAGCAGGGUAUUUCAACGCAUCCCUGCAGCUGGGAAAGGGCAGGUGGACGAGUGGCUGGGAGAGCUGCCACGUGGCAGCAAGAGAGAGGUGGCGGUGAAGGUGCUUCACACUGAGAGCGUCAAGGCGUUUGACGACUGCCUGGCGGAGAUCCUAGUGCUGGGCGACCUGAGACACCCCAACCUGGUGCAGCUGCUGGGGUACUGCAUGGAGGACAGCCGGGCGAUUCUUGUGUAUGAGCUGGUGGAGAGAGGGGACCUGCACCACUGGCUACAUCCCAACGACCUCUCCCCAGACAGCCCGUGCCUGACAUGGGAGCAGCGCGUGCAGGUGGCAGUGGGCAUGGCGGAGGGCAUGGCAUACCUGCACGGGCAGAACAUCAUUCACCGCGACUUCAAGUCCCACAACGUCAUGCUGGACAGUGAGCUGAGAGCCAAGGUGACGGAUUUUGGCAUGGCGACACGGGGACCAGAGGAGGGCAAGACGCACGUGUCCACUCGCAUCAUGGGCACCCUGGGGUACCUCGACCCUGACUAUAUCGACACAGGCCACCUCACCCCGCUGAGCGAUGUCUUCUCUCUGGGCGUGGUUCUCCUGGAACUGCUCACCGGCCGAUCCCCCGCCACCACCGCCACACACAACCGCCUCUUCCCCUGGAUCCACAAACAGCUGGCGUGGGGGAGGAAGGGAGGAGGAGACUCAGCAUCAGCAGCAGCGGCAGCAGCAGAAGGUAAUGACGAUCAGCAGCAGCAGCAGGGGAAGAAGGCGGAUGGGUUUCAUAUAAGUCAGGUUGUGGACCCGCGCUUGAAGGGGCAGUUCUCGGCAAGUGCAGCGAAGAGGCUGCUGCUGGUGGCGCUGCAAUGUAGUCAAGAGGAGCCGAGCAAGCGACCCGACAUGAACUGUGUGGUGGAGAGAUUGAGGGAGAUCGCUACUGGUGGGGGAGGAGCAAGAGGAGCAGGAGGAGCAGAAGGAGCAGGAGGAGCAGAAGGAGCAGGAGUGCAAGGGGUGGCACGGGGAGGGGUGGCAGUGGCAGGGGUAGGAGUUCAAAUGUAG